AUGGCCAGAAGAACCAGAUCCGCGGCCGCAGCCGUGCUGGUCCUCCUCGUCUGCGCGACAGCGGCUGCUGCUGCCGCCGGGGCGGGCAAGGGCAAGGGCAAGGUCGGAUCGGCCCGCACGGGGCCGCCGCCGUGCCAGGAUCUGGCGACGCCGGGCGAUUGCGCGGCGAGAGUUGGGUGCCGGUGGUGCCGCAGUGAGGCGCUCGAUGACAUGUGCUUCGGGGCCACUGAGGCGUGGCGCCUCCCACGUCAGGUCUUCUCCUGCGAUCCGCCCUCCGGCGCCGCGCACGCCCGCUUGAAGUGA